CAAGUGAAAAUGAAAGUAGGAUGACAUCCGACAUGGAGAGUUCGUCAGACUCACCGAGUACCUCACACAGUUUAGACGAAUGUAGAGAUGUCAUGCUUCCCAGGAGAAAUUCAUCGUCUCGUAAACGGAAACGAAAAAAGGAUGAUUGCUGUGGAACAUGUCACAAAAUAUCGAAGUCUGUAAAAUCAACCGAAGAACAUGAAAGAGUGUCUGAUUGGAAAAUCUAUAAAUUAGAUAAAAUAGGCCUUUCUUACAAAAGUCAGUCUUCAACCGUCGACGAUUUCUUCAGAACUGUAGAGAAAUUUGGUUUUGGACCACUUUCUGAUGAAAAGAGAGAAGUUUCCCUGUCGUUAACUCGGUUAACAAAAGAAAUAAUGACGGACACGUCAUUCAACAUGACACGAAAAGAGAACGCGGCAUACUGUAUUGGAGAACUCGAGAAGUGUGUGGAGGUGACGCGGGAAAUCAAACCAGUAUGGGGGAAACUUGUUACAGAAGGACAGUUAUCUUGGUGGGUGUGUUUAAGAUACAGAAACUUGUUACAGAGGGACAUUUCUCCUGGUGGGUAUCACGCACAGAGCCUUGUGUAUCUGCUGAACUUUUACGAACAGUUGACGCUAUUCCUUCGUGCCAGAUCCAUGGUAACCGCUCAUCCCCCAGUGAAAGCCAACUACACAGCAUUGCUAUCAUCAUUUGUCCACAUUUUUCUACUGAAAGCAAAACAAGGAGCUGAACUGAGGUGUGUCACAAGUAUAGAGGGUGAACCUACAUCAGCUGUUCCUGAUUUACGUCUCGUCAAUAUCGGCAGCAUGCAGGACAUAGAAAGGAACUUCACUGUGUGUGUCAUCAAUGUGGUUGAGGUGAAGAAGACUAGAAGAAGAGGGGAUUCUUUAGAGGGAUGUGAUAUCUGUUCAGCUGUGUGGGAUGAUUUGCUAGCUCGGCAUGCCGGCUGUCUGCUGCUGGAGUAUCCGAAUACACAAUACGCCAGUAAAGACUGCGACACCAAAGUUAUACAGGGGAUCAUCUGUAUGGAAACACAGCUGAUUUUCACAUGGCUGGAGGUGAGUGAUGUUCAUUACGCAGACAUAAAGGAAGGAAAUGUUUCAGAGAAAAUGAGAGACACUCCGAGAGGAAGAAGUGCAGACAUAAAGGAAGGAAAUGUUUCAGAGAAAAUGAGAGACACUCCGAGAGGAAGAAGUGCAGACAUAAAGGAAGGAAAUGUUUCAGAGAAAAUGAGAGACACUCCGAGAGGAAGAAGUGCAGACAUAAAGGAAGGAAAUGUUUCAGAGAAAAUGAGAGACACUCCGAGAGGAAGAAGUGCAGGCAUAAAGGAAGGAAAUGUGUCAGAGAAAAUGAAAGACACUCUGAGAGGAAGAAGUGCAGACAUAAAGGAAGGAAAUGUGUCAGAGAAAAUGAGAGACACUCCGAGAGGAAGACGUGGCAUGAUCUCCUACACCAGACCUUAUGACUAUCUGCUGAAGGAUGAUAGAGAACAGAUACUGGAGUUUUUGUAUAGAUUAGGUUUACAGUCGGAAGGGAAAUCUACUGCAGAUAUUAAGAAUUAGAGAAAUCUUUAUUUAGAUGUUUUGUAUAGAUUAGGUUUACUAUCGGAAGGGAAAUCUACUGCAGAUAUUAAGAAUUAGAGAAAUUUUUAUUUAGAUGUUUUGUAUAGAUUAGGUUUACAAUCGGAAGGGAAAUCUACUGCAGAUAUUAAGAAUUAGAGAAAUCUUUAUUUAGAUGUUUUGUAUAGAUUAGGUUUACAAUCGGAAGGGAAAUCUACUGCAGAUAUUAAGAAAAUUAGAGAAAUCUUUAUUAAGAUGUUUUGUAAAGAUUAGGUUUACAAUCGGAAGGGAAAUCUACUGCAGAUAUUAAGGUAGGUAAAUACUAUUAGAAAUUUCUGUCUAUCAAUUUUUUUUUCCAUUUAAAUAACUUUAACAACUCAUAAACUAACUAAAACACCCAUAUUAGACAUACCUUUGCGGGUUUAUUUUUAUACUAUGUGCUACAGAGCACAUAUACCCCCAAAUGCAAAAGCCAAAUUUUAACACAACAAUGCAUGAUCUCAUGUUUUAUUAAAAAUAUGCACCAAAGCACAUCAUAUUAAGCUAUAAUAUGUAAAAACCAAUAGCUAUUCAUUUACUGAGAGAAUUUUUAAAGAUAUCCAAUUGAAAACAUACACAAUUGCUGUUUAAUCUGCUCACAUCUUUCAGAAAAAAAUCACAGAAUAUCGCAAUUUUGAAAAAUUCUCAAAAUCUAAAUUGUUUACAUGCCAGUUUUUCUUUAAAAAUAUGUAGCAUUAUAUCUAAGGUUAACAAAAAAAACAUAUUUUACCAUAGUUGACCAGAGAUAUUUCGCAAAAUUGUCUCUUAAGUACGUAAACCCCCAUUUUUAAAUUUAAGUUUUACAAUUAUUCUUUGCACACUUUGAAAAUAGUAAAUUGUAACAGCAAAUACAGUCUUAAAAUCAAGAUUAACAGAAUAUGACAAUAUAUAUAUAUGUAAAACAUACUGAAAAUUGUGUCCUACCAGACAAUUAGAACACAAGAAGGGGGGGGGGGGGGGGGGCUCCCCACCCCUUCCUUUUUCUCACAAUUUUUUUUGUGUGUGUGUUAUUCUUUUUUUGUUUGGCUAUCAAUCAUAUACAUAAAAAUACCUACAUGUUAUCUCAUACUUAUAGAAAAAAUAAAUAUAGUGUAACAUAUGUGUAGAUUCUAGUAACUACAGCUCAUGUUCAAAUAAUUUUGUUUCUUGAAAGUACUUGUGAAGAAGAGUUCAAAUAUUCAACAGCUUUGCUGAUGAUUUUCUGAGGAUUUAUAAUUCUGGGUUUCUUUGAACCAAACACAAACUCACUAAAAACAGUUUGAAUUCCACUGUGAGGGUCACGCCUAUGUAUGAUUUUUAACUUGUUCAGGCUUAGAUUGCAAGCUAUGAGCCUUUUAGAGAUCAAUGUAGAUAUUACAUUGCUCUGUACCAUUGGAACUAGUGCGGACUUGAUACUAUAAUAAUUCAUGGUAAAUAUAUCUAAGAUUCACAUUUGAAUGCUAAAUUUGACUCGUACAGUUUUCGUAAACUACAAACAUCGGACAAAGAAUUUAUAACUGGAACUUUGUAGUCGGUGUUUAAAAUUUAAAACCGGAUACGUAAAAGCACGGACUUUCCUUAAGAAAAUUAGAGAAAUCUUUAUUUAGAUGUUUUGUAAAGAUUAGGUUUACAAUCGGAA